GUGUGCGACAAGAGGGGCCAUUGAAAUGUUUGCGUUCAAAAUUUGGGAGUCGAGAGCCAUUGUCGUGACGCGUUUCGUUACAGAGUGUGUACUUUUCAUUGCUUGGGAAUUUGUUGGAUGUGUUUCGACGGAAAAUGACGAAUUUGGUGUUGUUUGAUUCGAGUUUGGGAGCGAUUCUGUGUUUGUCCUACCGACUACUCGUAAUCAACGUAACCCCAUCGAGAAGGCAGAAAAGUUGUUCAGUUUCAAUUUUUGGCUGAAUAAAUGCUUUUGGAUCAAUGCUCAAGCCUGUUGGAAAGGGAAACAAUUGAAACAAAAUAACAACUUGAAAAUUGUUAUAUAGGGUAGAAAAUAUUGUGCUUAAAUCAGGAAAAGUGAAUUAAACCCUAUACAAGGUAUUGGGGAUAAAAUAAGGUGAACUUCAGGGAUGGAAAAUGGUUUUUAACAAUCCCCACUGGUUUAGACCCCGUCAAUUCUACAGCGCACUUGAGGCCGCUCAACUCUGAGAUCGCAGCUCCCAGAAUAGAUAGUUACAGAUUUUCGAUGGCGAAUCUUGAAGAUUCUCAAGAUGUGGACCUGGACGCGAUCCUUGGGGAACUCUGCGCGCUCGAAACAGUGUGCGAAAGGGAAAUCGGACAGGUCAAAGAGAACAAACGUCAUUCAGAUGCUCAAACAAUGUCACAAUAUGAAACCCGAACGCACAAUAGAUCCUUAUCGGAAGCCUCCAGAAUGAAGAUCGACCCAGAAGAUAGCUUAUUGAAAACCGAAGCCGGAAGAACCGAAUCACCGGACAAUGAUUCCGCUUUCAGCGAUACCGUUUCCAUGCUUUCCAGCGAAUCGUCUGCCAGCAGUGGGGGAAGUGGGGCCAAGCCUCAAACGUUGAGGCUACAAAACAUGCAGCAGGAUGAUGCAUCGAGGCUCAAGGCGGAAAAAAUCAGAAUGGCCAUGGAGAAGAUCAAAGAAGCCAACAUACAGAAACUGUUUUUGAAAGUUUUUACUACUGACGGUUCGGCGAAAUCGCUUUUGGUGGACGAAAAAAUGAUUUGUUCGUACGUGACUAGGCUUUUGGCGGACAAAAAUCACGUGCCGAUGGAACCGAAGUGGGCUCUUGUGGAACAUUUGCCUGACUUGUACAUGGAACGUUUCUAUGAAGAUCACGAGCUACUCGUGGACAAUCUCCUUCUUUGGACUCGGGAAUCCAAGAACAAGAUAUAUUUUGUGGAAAGAGAAGACAAAAUCAGAUUGUUUCUCACUCCAGAAAAGUUUUUACCAUCCGUCAAUGAUAAAAAUCAAGACUUUGACGAACAUGCCAGAAACAUGCUUCUAGAGGAAUAUUUUUCUUCCACCAACCCACCCGAACUAGAAGGACCUCUCUACCUCAAAGCAGACUCGAAGAAGGGUUGGAAAAAAUACCACUUCGUCCUCAGAGCUUCCGGUCUGUACUAUUUCCCGAAGGACAAAGUGAAAUCUGCCAAGGACUUGGUUUGUUUAGCCACUUUUGACAAUAACCACAUAUAUUAUGGCUUGGGGUGGAAGAAAAAGUACAAAGCCCCAACAGACUUCUGUUUCGCGAUCAAGCAUCCUAGAUUACAGGAACCCAAAUCGACGAAAUUCAUCAAGUAUUUGUGCGCCGAAGACCAGAAGACUCUGGAGAAAUGGCUAGUCGGAAUGAGAAUCGCCAAGUUUGGAAAACAGCUGAUGGACAACUACCGGAGUUUGAUUGACGAGCUGGAGCGGGAGGAUUUGGAUAUUCUAGCACAUGCCAGGAGUUGUUCUGUCAGUUCGAUUGCUGUACAGUCUUUUCCGUCCAAUGUUACAACUCCGACGCAAGGAUAUCAGAGCAGUGAAGGUGGUUAUGGAACCCAGAGCGAAACUUAUUCCACUUCUACUGAUAUGAGUUCAGGUCGCCAUAGUAGAGCGAGCAGUUCAAGUUCUAGUGGAUGUAUGUCAGAUGGAGCCCCUUCCAGCUGUGAAAAUGCUUUUGAUUCAGAAUUUCCAAUGGGAACGAUCAAACGGAAACCCUCCAUGAAACCCAGUCUUCCCUUAACCAACAUCACUAGACAACUGAAAGAAGUAGGCGAAACCCGUGACGAAGUAGAUGGCGUGGCUCUUCCCUCCAGCCCCGCUCUCUAUACCAACUCGGGCACACUAACGAGAUCGCACAACAGAAGGAAAUCUGGACUUUCUCCAGACGACUCUUCAAAUACUGGUACACUGAAAAGGCAACAUUCCUACAAGUCGAGAGGGUCCAUGGAAUCGAUGGGAGGAAGAAGUGGCAGUUCUACUCCAUUGUGCGGAACUCCCAUCAGGGAUCGAGGGUCUCCUUUCGGAGAAAGACCUUUCGUGGAGUCUCCCACUGGUGGGUCUCUUAGGGGAUCCUCCUCGCCUACAAAUAAUAUGGACCUUCCAUCUUGCAUGACCGACUCUGUAACAUCACUACCACCUCCUCCAGAAACAAAUGGGGACGUUAUUCUCAACAAUUCACCCAACUACACCCUUCCACCCCCUCCUCCAGAAAUAUACAAUUCUAACCUCUCUCUCGAUAGUCUUCCUCCACCUCCCAACCCAAGCGAUCUCCCUCCUAUAACAGGCAGCGAACUGACUGGCAGUCAGUUAUCCCUGAUGUCUUUACCACCACCCCCAGGCGAAGUUGAUACUGGUACAAUUAGAAGGAGAAAAGGUAGCAUAACGCCAGUUAAUGUGCUGAGUCCGGAAAGAACUCCUACUCAAGGAAUGUCGCCAGACUUAACUCCAACACAUUCGAGACUGAAUACCCCAGUGUGUAGCCCACCACUGUCGACAGCUGGAAGCGGGUGUAGUACACCAGUACAAGCUAAUCCUCCUGCUGGUUUCAGCCCAGCUCAUAGGGGUAGCUAUAGUCAAAACAGCCCAAGUUACCCAACUCAAGAAAUGCCACCUUACGUUAAUCCUCCUCAGUAUAGGCAGUCCAACACCCUUCCAAGCAACCCAGCUUUCAACAAUAACAUGGGUUUAAGAUCUUCUCUCAGGCAAACUUCUUUACCAAGACAAAUUUCUUCGAAUAGCAUUGCAUCUACAAAUAGUUCCGGUUCUUCUGGAAACAGUGCUUAUACCAUGCAAAACUCCCCCAGCUUACAAAGGAAAGUUAACUUCCAGGAACCUCUAAGUCCAAAGAAGUCUGGCAAGAAAAUUAGUUUUAUUCUUCCACCUCAAGAGUUACCUCCCCUACCUAAGAAGCCUCCUCCCCCAAAACGAUCCGAGUCCACGAAGCUUACAAGCCCAAAGAAGCUGGCCGAGCCACCUAUGACUUUUCUCAAAGACUUGCAGAGGGUAAUGAGGAAAAAGUGGCAGGUUGCAGAAAAGUGUAAACUCGAACCAGAAACGACUCCUCACGAGGUUCUUGGUUUCCGCGAUCCUCCACCUCUUCUUCCCGACUACAAAGAACAUAACGUCUCGAACUGGGUACAGGAGCACUAUGGCCCCAACAAUCUCUACGAAAACAUCUACAGGGACAGCAUAGAUGGCUCUGUAGUGGAAUAUGCCACAAGUCCAGUUCACUCAAGGUCAGGAGACUGCAAAUCCACUCCCAAACGACCUCCGCCCCCUCCCCCCAAGCGGAGCGAAACGACGCACUUAAGUACCCCAAAGACUCAGUGAUGCUGUGUGUGUUAGUAUAGAUCAUGGAAAAUAAUCUCAAAUUUGGCAUAUCAGAUCAGUGUCGCUUCGUUGUAUGUUAUAAUUGUCCGUGAUAUUCAAGGUUAGUGUGAAAGAUAGUCAGGUUCAGAAGGGCUGUGAAAAGUCUUAAGCAACACGUAACCCUUCAUCCAACAAAGUGAAUCAAUCGUGAAGUACCGAGCUUUGUUACGUAUGCAGGACCGCUCACAAGUAUCCCAAAGACUCUUAAUUGGGAGGGUUAUGUAACAAAUACUAGGUAUUUUUCAGAAUAAACUUCAACAAGAAAUGUAAAAAUUAUAAUUUUUGGUGAAAUGAAUGGGUUCAUUCCAGUGUAUCCAGUUUAAUUCGCUAAAAUAUGUGCGAUACCACAAUUUUCGAAAUUUUGUUAAACAAUUGACUUGAGUGUAUAAUAAUUUGAUUAAAUACCAUAAUUUUCUAAACUUGGAGAACGGGAUUGCAUACAUUUUCAUUGAUUGUGGGAAAUAUUCAAUUAUUUUCGUCAAUGACUAAAAACAAUGAAAAAAUUAACCUAGGCAGCUUUUACAGAACUUACAGAGAUCAUGUUUCUCAAUGCAAAGAAAUGAUGAAACAGUUGAAGGAAUGCUGGUGUUUACCAAGUUUCACAGCGAUUCAAAGCACUAGACCUAUUUAACAAGCUACUAGACCUAUUUAAUCGAUAUACCAUGAUUCAUUGUACUAGACCUUUUUUACCAAUUGAAAUUAACAUACAUUGGAGAAAAUUUUGGACUUUGAAAUGAUAUUUUUUGGGUUUAUAUUAUCGUUUCCUUUUUCACGAAAUAACACCAACAUAUAUCCAUCUUACACCAAACUGAAUUAAUAAAAAUGCUUGCCAUCUUAUAAUUUUGACAAUUUUGCUCCUGAGCAAAUACUUUGUUGAAUAAAAAUCUGAAAUAAAUCUGAAAUAAAAUUCCUGAAAUUUGGAUUAUGAAACUUGAGUUUUCUGAGUUUCCUUAAUUAUUAUACACUCGAGUUAUUUGCUUAGCAACAUUUUGAAAUUCAUGGAUUUGCAGAUUUCAACCCAGGACUAUAACCCAUGAUAAUGACACAACUGGGCAGAUUUUAUGCCAAAUAAAAAUGUUCUGAACUCCAAAGUCUUUCUGAGCCUGUCAUUAAUAUUUUUUAAUAACCCACUAUUAUAUCUGCAGGAAAUGAGACUAAGCUAAGCAUAUAAUGAUCAAGCAAGCCGCCUGCAGUUUGCAUCGCAAAUAUUUUCAAUAAUCUUACAAGCAAUUUUCAUUACAAUGAUGAUCACAACUCACAGUAUUCAACGAUGCUAUAACCAAAGCAUAAUAUAAAACUUGUUGCCAAUGUAUGUAACCAUUCCUGAAAUUUGAGUUUAUUUUUCAAGUUUGUAUGUCCUACUAUACUGCCAGCAAAAAGUCUGCACUGGGAUGUGAUUUUAAAUUAAUUGUGCCAUUUAUUGAGUGAUUUUAAGAACUCCUUACUUAGUUUUAAUCUUAGAUGUGGAAAUUAUGAAAAAAAUUUCUGUACAUAAUUAAAAUUGGUAGUUAAAUUAUUUAUGGAUGAAAAAUGUCAAACAUUAAUGGUGCUUACAAUGUUUACUGAGUAGUAGUAACUUGGGAUAAAAUAAUGUUAUUUAUUUUUAUUUUCGGAUAUAAACGAGUUGAUUUAAAAAUUUUUGAAGAAAUUAAUACUAGGUACUGAAUGAAACUUUUAUUUUAUUACUGGUUCCUAACCUAAAAUUACAAUUAUUUUAUUACAAUUAUUUUGUUGCUUGCAACUUUAUUUAAUUCAGUGAAAACAUUAUUGAGCAAUGUGGGCUAGUUUUUGUUUUAUAUUUGAAAAUUUUUAGGAUAUAAUAUUUCAGAAUGGUAUUUUCUAAUUCUCAUGUCCUUCAAGGGAUGAGGUAGUUUGUAAAACGUUUGUUCAACAGAAGGUGACUGGGAAUACUUUUCUUUCAUUUGAAUGAUGAUAAAAAAUGCACUCUGUUGAAUGAUAUAAAUUUGAGUAGUAUUGGAAAAAAAUAGGAUCGAAGUAAAAAUGAAAACAGGAAGACUGAGAGUUAAUUUCAACUUAAAUGGAGUAAGCAUAAAAACGGAGUAAACAAAAAAUUAGUCACAAUUAAAAAAAAGAAGUAAUUUGUGAAAAUCCAGAUGGAAAAUUGACUUUAAUUCAUGGUUUAUUUCAAAUGAUAAAUUUACUAUUUGAUAUUGACAGAGAGAGUGGUAAACCCUGCUUGUAUGCAAAAUGCUUAAUAGAAACUUUUAUCACUCUUUGUCAGUAUCGAACAGAUUGUAGGUAGUGUAAUAAAAGAAAUGAAACCACAGUUGAAUGAUUCAUCAUCAAUUUGCUUUUAUUUAUCCGAAGUUCUUACCUACUCUGUGAGCUCUAGUUAAAAAUUUCAACAGAUGUAGCGGAAUUUGUGUGUUUUAUAAAUUUUAUAACAAACUUUACCCAAAUUAGUUUGAAAUAUUUAUACAAUGAUUAUGAAGUUACAGGGUUGAAAAAGUCAGUUAUUUAUUUUUCUUUGUUUAAAUAAUCUUUUUUUCCUUUUGUAUUUGAUACUUAUGUAUAUAGAUAGUUUAAAGUUCCAUGCCGUUUUCACGAUGCAACGGCGGAUUAUUUCGUGUAAUUAUACUGUAAUAAUUAUCCGUUUUUAUAUAAUCUUUAUUGAUCUCUACAAUGCCAUUAUCAUAUAUUUUUUGUAUGUUUUGUACUAAUAAUGCUAUAUUACAAAAUGUAGUUUUAGUAGUCCUACAUGUAGACAAGUAUAGGUAUAUUUGAAUUGAAUUUAUAUGAAGAACAACAAUCAGUUUUUGUGUGCAAUUUCAUUGGUCUACAUUACUUGUCUUUUAGCACAAAAAAGAGGUAGAAGGGCGUUGUAGACAUUCUAGAGUUUUCUACUUUAAUAGUAUCUUUAUUGUUUUUACUGUUUUUAAUGAACACUUUGUAUACCAUCUACUGUUUAUAUAAUUUAUAUACAUAUGUAUGGAUAUCAAAAAACAUGCAUACGUAUAUGUUUAUUUGGGUGGGAUCAAAUGAUAAAUGACUCAAUUUUAAAAUUUGUCAUCACCCAGAUUAAAAAUAUUUACCAAA